GUGCGGCCCAAUUCCACAGGACAUGUAAACUUCGGGUUGUUCAAGGGCAGGAAAUCCCUCAACGUAGGCUUCGGGACCAGACUUCAUCAUUUUGACAGGCUUUCAUUUCUGCCGAACGUCAUCCAUCAGCUACUAUUGUUGUGUACUGUGGCCGCUGGUUGACAUCCUUUGCUGCCUUCCGCCACCUCCUCCGCCUCCAGCACAAUGACACUCACUGUCGCGAUAAGGAAGAGGAAAGCAGUCAUGUUUAGUAGCCUUCUCAUGUGUUUCCUCGGCACCUCUCUCCUCGCCGCAGCCUUUGGCACCGAGUAUUGGUUUGUGUCCGAUUCGAAAUGGUCUUUCACCGGAAAUGUCUCCGGCACCGUAAAUUUUGGUCUCUUCAAAGGAAGGAAUGUAUUCAGGGUCAACGAACAUCGGAUGCACACACUUUACGUCGUGUGUCUGAAAGACGUCUGUAUGUAUAGCUGCGCAGACACCAAAGAACACCGUGAGGAACAGUUACAGAUGUUAUUAGACAAAGAGGAGAAUGGCCUGCUGGACAAUUGUGAGAGGAUAUCACCAGGUCGAUCGGCAAAAGUGAUGGAUCCGACACACAUUCAACUAAUGCAAGGCGUUGACAAUGCGAGAAAUACUAAUUUUUGGAGUUUAUUUUCCUCGCCAUUCAAUCCUGUGGGUCUUGUGGCUCACAGAUUUGAGAGUGGUCCUAUGGAAGAAGAUUUUCUCGAGGAGUCGAAAGCGACAGAUUCACCAGUGACCUCAAGCACCCUUGACCCUGACACACCGGAAAACUUAGAAUAUAUGGACUAUGGACUGUGGGUGGGAACUAUCGCGUGCCUGAGUGCCGGGCUGCUGAUGGCCGUGGUGGGCGCUCUCUUCGCCAUCGUCAACACUGCCACCACGCCCGUCGAGGCUAUUACAGGAAUUCCCGGUCUCUACCUCUGGAACUCCCUCGCAGCUGUCUUCGACAUGUUGACGGUCAUCCUGUGGGCAGUGCAGUUCCAUAAACAUCUUACCGAUAACGUACUCCUCUACGACGCCAACGACGGAUGGACCACUAAGGGCAUGGAAGUCUUCGGUUAUUCUUUCUGGUUGGUCGUGGUUGCUAUCUUCGUCCAUAUUGCCAACAUUGUAAUCAUCGCCAUUGGCACUUGGGAACCUAAGAAGAAGGAUCACCUACAGGCUCCAGAAUCUAAAGGAGGCAACAUAAUGCUCUAUUAGAGUCUGAACCUUAUAUCGCCUCAUCCAAUCCAGUUCUUCUUUCACUCGUCCUUCUUCUCUCCCUUCCUCUUUGCCUAAACUCUAUCCAUUCCUUACCUCUUCUUCCACCAUGCAGAUAGUUAUUAAGACACAUUACAUCGCUCUGAUGGCUACAGUAAAUAAAAGUAACACUCCAAUGAAGGAACAAAGGCUUAUGAAGCAUGAGUAAAUGAAGUGUGUCUUGAGUGUGUUAUGAGUCGCCGCUGAAAAGGCUUUGAAGUUUGGUGCUUGGUGCUUGGAAAGAAAACACUAAGAUAAAAUAAAUAAAUAAAUAAGUAAAUGAACCGAGAAAAGAAAAAAAUGCAUACCAAAUGGAAAAAGUGUAAGGUAAAUAUAUGAACACAAGAACAAAUUUGAUUUAAUGUUUUCGCCACUUUUGUUGUUACAGAGCCAUGAAUACGCAAACUUUCUGUUAAGCCGUGGACAGAUGAAAGGAAUGGAUGCUAUGACUGCACAUUUUUAGAAACGUCAGUGCUCAGAAAAUUAAGCAAGCGUAAUAUUCAUGUCGAGUGUUAUUCCCUACACAUCAAGCCGGCACGUGAGGUAGGCCCUCAAAUCAUCGGUAUUACAGCCGCUUCAAUUCAAUGAUAUAGAAUGAUGACAUAACUCAGCGUUUUUACUACUGCAGGUUUUAGGGAGGAACAACUUAGGAAACAAUGUGUGUGUGUGUGUGUGUGUGUGUGUGUGUGUGUGUGUGUGUGUGUGUGUGUGUGUGUGUGUGUGUGUGUGUGUGUGUGUGUGUGUGUGUGUGUGUGUGUGAGUGUUAGAGAGAGAGAGAGAGAGAGAGAGAGAGAGAGAGAGAGAGAGAGAGAGAGAGAGAGUGUGUGUUCCUAGUAAAAAAAAAAAAAAAAAGACUUCUAACAGAUGACUGAGUGGCCUGGAAGUGUCUAAGGAUUUAAGAAAGUUAUAUAUGUGAGGAAAACAUUGAUAAGCGUCUCGCCGAAGAUCUGUGUCUUCAUUUUGCCUGAUGCGUGGCAGUCAUUUGGCCCUAAAGAUUAACUGAUUUGUGGCCUUUCAUUUUAUCGUAGCUGAUGCGUCCGCUCACUCUCUCUCUCUCUCUCUCUCUCUCUCUCUCUCUCUCUCUCUCUCUCUCUCUCAAGGUAAUACCUUUUAAAUAUUUAUAACUGAGGGCUGUUGCAUAAUUCAAAGCGACAAAGUUGGUGCACCAGUAAGAAGGAGAAGGAAAGAAGAGUGCCUUCCGAGAAACACAGGACGACGGUGAAGGAUAUAGAAUUCGAAAAAAUAUCGAGAAAAAAAAUGUUACUACUCUCUUAUUAGAUUAUUCAAUAGAGGAAUAAAAAAAAUACUGCAACUAAAGUAUGAGAGAGAGAGAGAGAGAGAGAGAGAGAGAGAGAGAGAGAGAGAGAGAGAGAGAGAGAGAGAGAAUUAUACUGUAUUACCAAACGUUGCAGAUCUGUAUCAUACUAUGUCGACGUUCAUUUAACUCAUCACUUGCUCAAAGACGGACCAUGAUAAGUGGAUACUGACCGCUAUCUAGAAAGACGGUGGAAGUCACUGUAGACAAACCAAUGUCAGUCUUGCCAGGCACCAGGGAAACAGUAGUCGUUAGUUAUAACAUGGUACGAAAACAGUAUCAAUUAUACCUGUUAUAGAUGCAUGGGUGAAUGACCUACGGCGAAGAAAAAAAUGGUCCAAGGAAUAGAAAGGAAAAGGUAAAUAUAGUAAUUCAUCUCUCAAUUAUAUUUCGUAAAGUAGGAUUAAUUACUGUCGAAAGAACUUAUUUAAUAAUAUGUAAAAAAAAAUACAAGUACGAAUCUUUAUAAUUUCUUUUUAUUGCUAUUUAUGUAAAGACUAUCACUGAAUGAGUAAAUAUUCUUAGUUCUCCCUAAAUAUCCAGGUUUCCAGCUACGCAUUAUGCAAAGUAUUUGGGUUAUUGUAGUAUAAGGAUUAUAAUGUAGAUGUUAAAUGGGAUUAUACGAAUUUCCAUUUAUGUUUUUAUUGAAGUAUCAUCGCUACAACCUUAAAAACAAAUACCUUUGAGAAUCUUAUGACGUAUAUUAUAGCCUGUUAAAAGCAAUUAAACCAAGACGCCGAAAAGUUAGAGAUAAGAUGGUGAAUUUUUAAACUUGAUGCAUGGGACGCCCGCAUAAGCACACGUAAAUGUUGUCUGCUAUACUCAAUGGUCAAAGAAAGUUUGUGUGUGUGUGUGUGUGUGUGUGUGUGUGUGUGUGUGUGUGUGUGUGUGUGUGUGUGUGUGUGUGUGUGUGUGUGUGUGUGUGUUGGAUUUGUACACAUUUUAUCUAUGAAAACUACUAGAUGACACAUUCACGCAAUGCUAUGUAGCAUGUACAAUGACGUUCAUCGGUUUCAUGCCGUCAGAUUUUUGCGGUCAAGAAAAGGUUAACGAGAGAGAGAGAGAGAGAGAGAGAGAGAGAGAGAGAGAGAGAGAGAGAGAGAGAGAGAGAGAGAGAGAGAGAGAGAGAGAGAGAGAGAGAGAGAGAGAGAGAGAGAGAGAGACGAAACUUAAAUUCUGUACAAGUUUAACGUUAUGUAUCUGACUAGAAAGCAGAAAUGAGAAGAGGAUGAGGGAAUGUGAUGGUGGCAGAGGUGACGGGAAACUUGGUACUGCCACGCCCCGUCUUCACCUUUCAUCUCAGUCUCCCUUGCCUCGUCUCGUGUAAAUAUUGCGGAGCUGCCCAUAGGUCCACGCAGGUGAGCUGAAAUCAGUGUUAAACUGUAUUGUGUGUGUCAGCAUUCUAUCUAUAAAUAUUUCUUUGAAAAAGAAAUUCCAAUAAUUUGUUUCGUAUAAUGAUUUCCUCUGCAAUCUAUAAUAAGGAUUUGGUACUUAAGCUGUUACUAGUGUAUGAAUAUACUAUUAUGAAUUUGAA